ACAGUGGCGUUUAAGAGAGAAUGUACGAGCGCUUCUGCAGAUCAACUGAGUGUGCGUGUGUGUGUGGAGCGUGUGUUGUGUGCUGUUUGAUUUGUGGAAUAAUUUCAAAACUGUUCUAAAUAAGUUUGUGAUGUCUUGAGCAGUCCUCAUCAUGUCGCAUGCCGAAGUUGAGAUCCCUGGACUUGGUUUUCCAGGUUUACCUGUUGAAUUAGAGGACGACUGUCUCUCCAUAGUGCCAAUGAUGCGGACGCACUCUCUGAGCGCGAGACGGAACUCAUACGUGCUUCAUAAACUCAGUGUGGAUAUUGACGCACAAAUAUACAACGACACACUCUCCAAGGCGCUUUCGUGGUCUGCUGAAAACAUAUUAAUAUCAGAGAGAAGGACAGAGGACGAUAAAACAGAUCCUCCAUCUCCAAGUUCGCCGUCUCCAGUCUCCAGUCUCGAGGCUUCUACCCCAACCCCAAAUUCGGCACCACCAGCGGACUGGAGAAGCUCUGUCCCUGACCCCGCUGCCCAGGAUGCCAGUUCAGAUUCGGACAAUGAGGUAUCCAAGGUCGAGCAGGUGGUUCCACGCCGCCCGUUUUUAAGCAGACUGGAACAGGAUGAGAAAGAGGACAUUGAGACCAAAGCUGUGGCCACCUCGCCGGACGGAAGAUAUCUCAAGUUCAACAUUGAAAUAGGGAGAGGGUCAUUCAAGACGGUCUACAAGGGUCUGGACACGGAGACCACAGUGGAGGUGGCAUGGUGCGAGUUACAGCUUCUUCAGAAAGACCAUGCUGGUCCACCAGCUUCCCCAGCAGUUUUACUGACUCGCAAACUGACCAAAGUGGAGCGGCAGCGCUUCAGCGAGGAGGUUGAAAUGCUAAAGGGUCUUCAGCACCCAAACAUUGUGCGCUUUUAUGACUCCUGGAAGUCCACUGUGAAAGGUCACAAAUGUAUCCUGCUGGUCACUGAGCUCAUGACCUCUGGCACACUCAAAACGUAUUUAAAGCGUUUUAAGGAGAUGAAACCAAAACUUCUCCAGAGGUGGAGUCGUCAGAUCCUGAAAGGACUUCACUUCCUGCACACACGAACCCCUCCUAUCAUCCAUAGGGACUUGAAGUGCGACAAUAUCUUCAUCACGGGGCCUACAGGAAGUGUGAAGAUCGGAGACCUUGGAUUGGCUACACUUAAAAGAGCAAGUUUUGCAAAGAGUGUUAUAGGAACGCCAGAGUUUAUGGCUCCAGAAAUGUAUGAGGAGAAGUACGACGAGGCGGUGGAUGUCUAUGCAUUUGGGAUGUGCAUCUUGGAGAUGACCACAUCCGAGUACCCAUACUCUGAGUGCCAAAACGCAGCCCAGAUCUACCGCAAAGUUACCAGUGGUAUAAAGCCAGACAGUUUCUACAAGGUGAAAGUUCCCGAGUUAAAGGAAAUCAUUGAAGGCUGCAUCCGCAUGAACAAAGAUGAAAGGUACACCAUUCAAGACCUGCUGGAGCACACAUUCUUCCAAGAGCACAAUGGUGUUCAUGUUGAAUUGGCUGAGGAAGAUGAUAUGGUAAAAUCCAGCCUUAAGCUCUGGCUCCGCAUGGAUGACACCAAGAAGCUCCACGGAAAGUAUAAGGACAAUAACGCCAUUGAGUUCCUGUUCGAGCUUUACAAAGACGUACCAGAGGAGGUGGCACAAGAGAUGGUGAUUCUCGGAUUUGUUUGUGAGGCUGACUUCAAACUUGUUGCCAAGGCAAUGCGAGAUCGCGUGACGGCAAUCAAGCGCCAACGUGAAAAGCAUCGGCGGCUGGCAGAGGAACAACAGAAGAAGAAAGAGGAAACUAUUGAGGAAGAGCCUGAGCCACCCUCGCCCAAAACCAUUGGUCAAAUGCUGGAGAACCCCGCCCCUUCUCCUGUGCAGAUCCCACCCACUCCUCUAACGCCUAAACCCAUGUGCUCUCCUGUCAUUGGCUCAAUGGAUUCCGGGAUUAACGGGAGCUUCCCACCAGAGUCAGAGGAACCAGAGGCCGAUCAGCACUUUCACAUCUGCCAUACAACCUGCUCCUCAACAACCUCUGACUGUGAGACUGAUGAAUGUCUUAGCCCUUCAGGUUUACAGGAUACCACUGAGGUUUCAAAUGGCAACGUCAGCAACUCUCCAAUCCUCUGCACCCCACAGGCCACACCCACAGAGACCACGCCCAUUUGCACCUCACCAGUCCCAGCUCUCCGUUUUCGCUCAAGUAUUGCUGUCUCUACUAAAACUGAGACAGGGGUGUCCGGACCGCCUAGCCCUUUCUCCUCGCCAGUGGACAGCUAUGCUUCAGAUGUGACAUCAGGCUUGAGCGAUGGCUACGAGGGCCAAUCAGAGAGAGGGAGUAAAUCAGCUGCCAAACGAACAGCAGGGAAACUGUUUAGGAGGAGAGCUCGGUCCCGCCUACACAUUACAAGGCUCUCUAAUGAAGUAGACCGGGUGGUUGAGUGUCAGCUCCAGACCCAUAAUGAUAAGAUGGUCACGUUUAAAUUUGAUCUAGAUGGUGACAACCCUGAAGACAUUGCUGCAGUCAUGGUGCAUAAUGAAUUCAUCUUGCCCUCAGAAAAGGAGGGUUUCAUUCACCGCAUCGGUGACAUCAUUAAACGAGCAGAGUCUCUGAUGAGGAAAGAUUCAUCAAGUCAUCAUGAUGUUGGCACUGCCCAUCCUUCUUAUAUUAAUGCCGUCAACUCCCUCUCUGGAUCCCAGCCAAACCUCCACAGCAAUCUGGCACGUACUCACUCCUCUUCCUCGCUACCAGCGGAGUUUGGUCUGGGCACUGGAGCAAGGGCCUCCCCUCCGGGAAUCAAUGGAGAAAUUACCUCACCCGUACGCCCACUCUUACGUUCACAGUCUUUCCAUAAUGCCCCAGGUACUCCUUAUUCCCAUCAUGCUCCUUCAGCUUCAGUCUACCCUCCUGAUCCCAGAAUGCCCCAUUCAAAACGACCUCACGUUCAGCAGUAUAUGCCCUCGUAUAUGAACAAUGCCACCCACUUCCCUUUCCCAUACCCACCUCACCCAGCCUCCCCCAAACCCACCCAUGCCCCUCUAUCCCGCGUACACAGCAAUACUUCCUUCUCCCUCUCCUCCCCUGCAUCCACCCCUGGCUCCCCCAGCCCCAACAGCUCAGAUGUCUCAAGCCCCAUGUCCGACUUCAACCUGUUGUCCCCUCCUCCUGCUCAGACACCUGCUCAGACACCCACUUUGUGGCCACCCCACACCCAACCUUUAUUUUCCCUGGCUAAUAUGCUGUCCAUGGCCAUGAGCAUGGCACAUUCCUUCAUGCCUGCCCCGAGCCUUGCACAAGCCAUGCCCUCCAUGGUACAGCCCAUGCCCCCCAUGCCAGGCUACCAACCUCAGCUGACCCACCACACACUUCCUCAAGCAGGUUAUCCCACUAUGUAUACACCCAAAUAUGCACCAUGGGAGACGGCGUACAACCCAAGGAUGGAGGAGUAUUACCGGACCAUGGAUUCCCAGUUUUGGAUCCAAGACAAUGUGAUUUCUCCACCUUCCCAAGCUACUCCUACAUCAGCUUCACCCAGUGGCAUUCCCAUAUCCACCCAGCAGACAGCUUCUACUGUUUCUCAGGAGGGAAUGCUGGGAAACCCUCAUCUAUAUCCACAGGAAUCCUCCAAGGAAUAUUCUCUGUCUCAAGGGUACAGACACACUUUCCCCAGGCACUCGCUAGACCAGUGGCCCAGCUCUGGUUCUUCAUCUGGGCUGUCAUCAUCCCCUCGAGCAAGCCCUGAAUGCAGAGUGUCGUCAUCCAGUCCUAAAUCAUUAUCCCAGCUGGCAGCACCAGAGAGCACCAGAGGUUCUCAGUGCCAAGAAAUCUCUUCAGCAUCUGAUCCAAAGUCUACUGUGACUGUGGGCCGUUUUCAAGUGUCCCCCAGUAAAGAGAUUCAAACCACAGGCACUCACACAGAACAUGGAAAUGCACUCAUAAAAGCAUCGACCACACCUGUCGCCCCUCCAGACAAUCUCAUCAGAUUACCCAAUCAGCCUAUGUCCUCUUUUUUGGCUCAUAAGCAAAAUCCUGUAACAGAAAACAGCCAGAAGCUCUCCGUUCUUCCUUCCUGUGAUGCUCCACAUGAUUCUUUGAGUUCUGCUGACCAGCCAGAGUCAGAGAGAAGUCAGAAAAUGGACCAAAAAGGACAGAUGGAUGAGCAAGAGCAAAAUGAGUAUGAUAACGAUGAGAUACCAUUGGAUAAGAAGCACAGAAGGAAGAAGGUAGGCAGAGCGGAUUGUGGUCCAUGUCUCAUGGGGACAUCAGUGGACAGCGGGUUUUCUGUGGCUUUGGACACUGAGGGGAGGCUGUGGGAUGGCAACACGGGCAGCCCUCCAUAUCCCACUCCUCUCAAUAAUCUCUGGUUGAGCUACACACGGAACUUGUCCUACAUGAGCAGCGACGAAUCAGAGAGCGAAGAUGAUGAGAUGUGGGGGGAGCUACAGGAGCUGAGGGAGAAGCAUCUGUGUGAGGUGCAAACUCUGCAGAUGAUACAGAAGCGAGAGAUAGAGGAACUAUAUGCCAAAAUGGGGAAGGUUCCUCCUCCUUGCAUUGUGUCUCCAGCAGCUAUGCUGUCUAGCCGCCAGCGCCGACUGUCUAAAGGAGGAAACUUCCCAUCAUCUCGCCGAAACAGCCUGCAGAGAGUGGACAUUCUCCCAUUAACAGGGAUCAUGAGGAAAAAUUCCUUGAGCGGCAGCAGCAGCAGUUCCCUGGAAGGUUCAAGGCCUACUAAAGGAGUGACUUUUGCCCCUGAUUUUACUAUAAUUUAAGAACCCUACGCCAGAUAUAUUGGCAGGACUACAUCAGACUACCUCAUUCACUUGUGACUUUUCUUACCCCACCUAAUAGACUAAAGCAGAAAACCUUUGGACAAUCAGCCACAGAAAAAAUAGUUUUUAGACUCACUUUGCUAAUCAUAGGCUUGCAAUUGCCGCCCGGUCCUCUGCUCAAAGGAUCAAGCCACAGUCACUGCCCGUGCAUCCAUCACCCAUUGGACUGAACUACUCUACUGUGUUAAUUGAGAGCCUCAUUAAACACAGAACAGUCAGUGCCCAGUGCAGAUUUAGCAUAUGGGGCAAUCAUAUAAUGAUGUAGAUUUAGAUCUACUCAAAGGCUGAAUAGGAAAAACAAAGAGAAAAGAUUUUACAGAUUGUAAAAUCUGAUGUACAGUUUCUUAUUUUAAGAAGUAUUCCCUAAAUAUAUAUUACUGUGUGAUUUCCACCUUUGGUGACAUAAGGAAUGCUUUCUUCGUACUGAUGCUAGUGUCAAUGCCUUAAGAGCUGUUCACAUAUAGUGUUUAAAAACAGCUAGACGGGGCUAAAUGUAUUCUGCAAGGAUGUAUUCUGUGUGAACAGCCCCUUCGUUUGCUUAAUUUGGUGAAUAGCCAGUCAUUUGGCUAUUUUAUGAUGCUGUUGCCAUGGCAAACUUAGUGAUAUAAGGUGACAUUGUGUUAUGUCUCCAUUUGAUCUCUCUAAUGGUUCAGCACUGACUAUGAUUCUUAAUUGUCUCUUUUGCACUUUCUAAAAACGAACUGAAACAAACUGCUGAACAGGCGCAUCUGAAACAACGGUCCACUUCUAGACAUCAGUUUUCCUGCUGUCUUCUACUGCCUGUGUUUGCACUGUAGAAACUUCAACAGAAAAGUGUCAAUCACCAUAACAUGUUUAAUAUUUCUGUUUGACUUCUGCAUAAAGUAUAUUUGACUUUUUUCAAAUCAGAGCUUGUUAGGGUCUCUUUUAUGACCGUAGUUAUAAUGUGAACUAAAAACAAUGGUGUAUUAUAUAUAUAUAUAUAUAUAUAUAUAGAUUGAGGGUGGAUGGGUUAAAAAUAUAUUAUUUUUGAAUUGUGUUAUGCCAGCUUUAAAAUUUCUAUCCACUGAGAUGCAGUACUUCUUAACUUUGAAGUGGCAACUGUUUUCAGUGUUAAGCAAUGCUUAUGCUUAUGUAUAUUUAUAUAUUUUUUUAAUGUUUAAGUUUAUCAGUUUGACUAUAAUUUACCUGUUAUGGAAAUAUCAAUGUAUUAAGCAAUGCACCAAAAGUCAAAAGUUUCAGCCAUAGAUAAAAUUAAACACAAAUGUAAAAUUAUACGCACACUGCACUUUGGCUCAUGGCUCAAAGUUCCAUAAGAGUGGCUUUACAAUGUACAAUACAUGGUAAAAUUACUGUUGAUUUUCUGAUAAACUUAUGAGACAUGCCUACUUAAAUCAUUCAAGAGGUAUUCUGAAUGUGAACGAUCCAAUCAGAUGGGUAACUGAUAGUAAAAGUUGACUACGUAUACCAACAUGGCUUUGUAGUAUUAUAUAGUGUUUCCUAUUUAGAUGCAUUGCACCUUUGCAUACAGAAUGUAUGUUGGGUUUCAUUUCACACAAACAUGCCAAUUGCAUCAUGACCAGGUCUUUUAAUCUGAUAACACCCAUUAUUAGUUCAUUAAAAACUGUGACAAUGUAUGAAUGCCUUUAUAUAUGCACAGUUUGUAAAUGUGUUUCAGAUUGAGGUAAAUGUGACUUCAUGCUCUAUUUGAUACUGAUUGCUUCAAUGUGCAAUGCAACACUUCCAUGCUGUGCCUUUUCUGUCUUAUAAUAAAUAUCAUGUUCUAAAUCAUAUUUGUACAUUAAAACCAAUAAAUUUUAAUAAAGAUGA